AUAUCAAAUAAUCAAACACUAUUGGUUGGUGAACCUAGAGGUUCACCUUAGGGGGUGAACCCAAGAAUUACUCAUCUGAAAAUAUCUUGCACACAUUUACGUUAAUGAAAACUUUUACCUCACAAACAGAAUGAUAUAAUCAACUAACCAGAAACAAAUAAAAUUAAAAGAUAAUUUUAUCAUAUAAUCCGAUCCAUAAUUACACCUAAUAUGUAGUAACGUUUUGAACAUAUAAAUGUUAACUAUUACAAAAGAUCUUUUUCUUUAUUUUCUGUCAAUAUUCUAUUAUACAGAAGGUUCUACAAUCUCUAUUACUCUAUAUAAACAAACAUUAACAACAGAAGGUAACAACAUCCACGAUCAACAAACAAAAUACCACACAUUUUAUAAAUAAUCAUCUCUUCAAACCAAAAAAAAAGUAAAAGAAAAUGGAAAGCAAAAGAGUGAACAUAAUAUUCAUUACAAUGAUGGUUGUGAUGGUAAUGGAGAACUUUGUGGUUCAGACACAUGCUCAAGACACACUCUCUUUUAGAACUUGUUAUCCAGGUUGUAUUAAUGGUUGUUCCAUUGAGAAGCAGUUACCAAAAUUAUUGUUGUGUCCAUUCACUUGUCUCUUUACUUGUCUUGCUCCUCCAACAUCAAAUAUUUCAUCUCCUCCUUCUCAGAUGAUUUUCCCAAAAAAAAUCGAUCAUAUUGAUUAUUUUUGCAAACUUGGUUGUGCUACUCAUCAUUGUACUUCUCUUUCUUCUCUCGGAAGGCUGAAUGUAGACAAAGUUGCGGACUGUGUGGAUUCAUGCUCAGACAAAUGUUCCAACAAGAACUAAAAGUGAUAUGAUCUAGUCUUGUUUUGAUAAAAGAAUCCAUGUCUAAAUAACAAAAGAUAUGAACUGGUAUAGUUUGUAUCACUACAAUAUUCAAUCCAAAUAAAUAUUAUUUCAUGAUUGAAAGUAUUUGUGUUACAAGCAGAUCAUUAGAUGAAACUGUCAGACCAAAAAAAAAAAUGUUAGAAGAAAUGAUAUUUAUUAUUGUAACAAUAUUACAUAAUUGUAAUAUAUCAUUCAUAACUAAUCUGGUUCGUUCCCUUCAUCGUCAUCAAUAGAAUCAUAUGGACAAAAUAAAAAUAUAUAUUACUACGAGGAUAGAAAUGUGGAUCAGCAUCUGCUAUUUGCCCAAUAACAACGCCUUACUGUUAAUGCGGUGUAGAUCUGAUCCAGUUAAGGUGACUGCAUAAUCUAACUGGGUUCGAGAAAGGCAGAUGCUACUCAACGAUGUUGCACAUAGAAGAUUUUUAGAUAAGUAUUAUACGGAAAGAUUCUAGAGUCAAUUGGCUCAUAAUACAAAAACAACAUGGAUAUUAGCAAUCUAUCUAUAAUAGUAAACUAUGGUGUCUAACAACUUAUGUACCAUUAUGUGGGAUUUUGGGUAUUCACCUAAUUAGGAAGAAAGUUCUGUGUAUAGGAUGCAAUUUCUCAAGAUUUCUAUAGAAGUAUGCUUUGAAAAUAAAUAAAAAAAUUGACCAGAAUCUUAGAAUAAAAAUAAAGAAGACUUCUACAUCUUCUAAUUAUUUGAUUUUAAUACUAAAUAUAUUAUUAUUUGUUGUCAAUUGUGAAACUAACAUGUGCAGACUUCUUGCAAGAUUUCGGAGACUUCAUGUGAAUGUAAAACUUCUCUGGAAGUCUUUUUUAGAUAAGUCAGAAUUUUCUGCAAAACUUAGGUCAGUUAAAAAACUAACUUAUUUAUCAUAAAAAAAUUUUAGAAAACUCUACUCUAUUUUUUUGUUACAAAAAAAAAUAAUUGCAAAACUAAUCUAUGAAUUAAACAGAAGACUUUUAAAGAAGUUUUCUAUGAAAGCACAUAAAAUAGUCAAUUUCAAAACUAAUCAAUGAAUUGACAAGAAGACUUCUUCGCAAACAGAUCUGAAAAAAUUCAAAUAUCAUUCUUAGGUUCGGUGAGAUUCACGCUUAGCUUCGCGAAACAUAUUGGAAAAAAUUGUGAAACUUUACUUAAUAUAAAGAAAAAGUAAAAAUUAUGCAUAUAGUUUAAUCAUUUGUUUCAUUCAAAUAGAAAAUCGAUGAAAAUAUAAUAAAAAUAUUAAUAACAAUGUAGUAGCAAUUAAUACACAUCAAACAGUUUAUAUAUAUACUUUUUCAUUUACAUAUAUGAACAAAAAAAAAUCUAAAGAGUAUUAUUUAAAAGGUAUAAUCUACAAAAAUUUAAAUAGAAAAAUAUAAAAUCAUGUUUUGCAUACAUUUUUAUAAUGUAUAUAAAUCAGUUAUAUUAAUUAAUUUAAAAUUAGUAUAAACUAAAGAUAAAUUAUUAACAUAGAUUCGCCUGUAGCACUAAUAAAUUCAGCAAGAUAAUACUGGACAAUUCAAAUAACCCUGAAACAACUAUGAAAGACUGAUUUUGCAAGAUGUACCGAAACAACAAUAAAUCCGUCAUCCCGAGGAUGGGCGGUGGUACAGCUGGAAAUUUUCAAAACAAUGAGGAAGUAACUGUUAGACAAUGAUUGAAGAGUUUUCUUUAGACAUAGAGAACGCUAAAUAUUAUUUCAGGGAUGGUUAAAAUAACAUUUUUUUUUGUCAGCAAACAAAGCAGACUCAUGUAGACUCUGCGAACCACCCCGGUAGCUCUGCAUCCAUAUGAACGACAAACGACGGUUGUUUUCUUCCACUGCGUGCGAGACUGUCCGCUUUUGAGUUCUGUGUCCGUGGUAUAUGAAUGAUCUGUGAGCUGCUGAAACUCCUCUUCAAAACUUUUAUGUCUUCCAAAUAGCUUGCAAAGGCUAGCCACUCUUCUGGUUCCCAAACCAUCUUCAACAAUUGAGCACUAUCCGUUGCAAAAGUAACCCAUGCUUGUCUAAGAUUCCUCAUACAUUCCAUUGCUCAUAUAAGGGCCUCUAUCUCUGAGUGUAAUGGCGACUGACUCG